GUUUCCAAUUGUAAUCGCGUCUCACAUUCAAAUUCUUCUCUCUCACUCUUUCUUUCUCUCGUUCUAAUCCUCAAUUCUUAAAACAUGGCUUCUAAGUACAAACUUGCCAUUACUGUUGUACUCGCUCUCGUUGUACUGUUACCCACAAUCACAGUGGGAGAGCUUGUACAAGAACAGCCUCUAGUUCUCAAAUAUCAUAAUGGCCAACUCCUUAAAGGACGCAUCACCGUUAAUCUCAUAUGGUACGGAACUUUCACCCCCAUCCAACGAUCGAUAAUCGUCGAUUUCAUCAACUCUGUUAGCACCACCGGUGCUCCUCUCCCUUCCGCCGCCGCAUGGUGGAAGACCACCGAGAAAUACAAGGUUGGAUUGUCUACCAUAGUCGUAGGGAAACAGUUCUUGCAUCCGGCUUAUACUCUCGGUAAGAAUCUAAAGGGAAAGGAUCUUCUCGCUUUAGCUACAAAAUUUAACGAACUCUCUUCCAUAACCGUUGUGCUUACCGCGAAAGACGUUAACGUUGACGGUUUCUGUAUGAGUCGCUGUGGGACCCACGGAUCUGUUCAACAUGGCAAGGGUGGUGCGAGUGCGAGAACCCCUUACAUAUGGGUUGGAAACGCUGAGACACUAUGUCCCGGACAAUGCGCGUGGCCUUUCCACCAGCCUAUUUAUGGACCACAAACUUCCCCGCUCGUGGCACCUAACGGUGACGUAGGUGUUGACGGAAUGAUCAUCAACUUAGCCACUCUUUUGGCUGGUACUGUCACGAAUCCCUUUAACAACGGAUACUUCCAGGGGCCGGCGACGGCGCCGCUAGAAGCUGUUACAGCUUGUACGGGGGUUUUCGGUAGUGGGGCCUACCCGGGUUAUGCUGGCCGGGUUCUUGUCGAUAAAACUACUGGUUCGAGUUAUAAUGCGCACGGUGCUAACGGGAGAAGGUACCUUCUUCCCGCGAUGUGGGACCCGCAGACAUCAGCAUGCAGGACUCUCGUCUGAGGGGGGGACCGGUGAACUGACACGUGGCUUAAUGUGGUGUAGAUAUAUAUGGUGAGUGGAUAAACACGGGGCUGGUGAAUGAUGCUCUGGCUGGUGGGAGGAGUGUAUUUUUAAGCAGCUUUUGUCGUUUAGUUUGACGUGUAAAUUCUGUUUCUAAAAAGUAAUGUUUACUAUAUAAACUUGUUAUAAAUCUGAAAAACGAUGGAAAAAAGAGAGGCAUAUCAUUAAUAUAAUGUUUGUUAUAUGUUCAAA